GCGCCGGGCUCCCGCCCCCGUCCCCGCCGGCACCUGCGGCGGGCGGCCCCGCUCCGCGCCCGUAACCCGGAAGCGGUGCGGCUGCGAGGAGGGGAGAGCGCCGGGACAUGGCCGCUGCCUGCUCCUGUCUCCGCGCCGCAGCCGGCAUGGCCCUGCCCGCGGCGACGCGCAGCUGAGCAUCGACCUUGCCUUCCCCUUUUCCUCCACCUUCUCCUCCCGCCGCCGCUCGGACGCUGCCUGGGCCGGGGCGGGGCCGGUAGCACUGAGGGGGCCCCUUGCUGCCUGGCAGGGGCCUCGGGGCCGGUGGCGGGUGGGGCUGGGCCGGGACGGGGCCGCGCGUGGUGCUGGGGGAAGGGCCCUUCCUGUGCGCGGCUGCAUGUUCCUGGCGCGGGGAGCGCCUGCGCUUAGUGUUGGGCGCUGCACCGAGCCGGGGGUCUGCGUGUUCGUCUUGUACAUGUGUACAUGUACUUGCGAUCUGUUUCCUUUGAGGGAAUCUAGGGUGGUGCUUUAGAGUUGUAUUUACUGUAGCAUUAUUUGUGGGAUUUGAAAAGGCUGGUUGUACUUCACUUACAUCUUGUGGGGUUGCUUUUUUUGUUUGUAAGUUGGCUUUUUUUUUAUAAGCACGUUGUCAGGCUGCGAAAAGCUGAACUAUUUUUGCUGAACUGUAGUUCCUCCAAGGCUGUCAUUGUUUGCAUUUUGGGAGGGCAGCUGGUGGCCUUGCAGGAAGGUGUGCAGGUUGUGCUGGAGGAAGGCACUGGGUUGGUUCAGUUUUGAUUUCUUUCCAGUAUAGGUUAGUUUUUCUCCGGUGUCUCUGAUGCCAGAACAAGGCCCCAGAAUGAACGGUUUCUCUCUGGGCGAGCUCUGCUGGCUGUUCUGCUGCCCGCCUUGCCCCAGCCGCAUUGCUGCCAAGCUGGCCUUCCUGCCCCCGGAGCCCACCUAUACUGUGCUGCAGCCUGAGCAGCAGCAGGAGGCUGGGGCAGCAGCUGGGGCAGGGACCCCGACGGGAUCAGGCACCUGCAGUCUGCACUUGAGUGAGCGGGCGGACUGGCAGUAUUCGCAGCGUGAACUGGAUGCUGUGGAAGUGUUCUUCUCCCGCACGGCUCGAGAUAACAGGCUGGGCUGCAUGUUCGUACGUUGUGCCCCCACUGGCCGGUACACCCUGCUCUUCUCACAUGGUAAUGCUGUGGAUCUGGGCCAGAUGUGCAGCUUCUAUAUUGGCCUUGGCUCCCGCAUCAACUGCAACGUCUUCUCUUAUGACUACUCUGGCUACGGGGUGAGCACUGGCAAGCCCUCUGAGAAAAACCUGUAUGCAGACAUUGAUGCAGCCUGGCAGGCCCUCAGGACAAGGUAUGGUGUUAGCCCUGAGAACAUUAUUCUGUAUGGUCAGAGUAUUGGUACUGUCCCUACAGUAGACCUGGCAUCUCGGUACGAGUGUGCAGCAGUAAUCCUUCAUUCUCCCUUGAUGUCUGGAUUACGGGUAGCUUUUCCUGACACUAGGAAAACCUAUUGCUUUGAUGCUUUUCCAAGCAUUGACAAGAUAUCUAAAGUAACCUCUCCGGUGUUGGUAAUCCACGGUACCGAAGACGAGGUGAUCGAUUUCUCCCACGGCCUGGCCAUGUACGAGCGAUGUCCACGAGCAGUAGAGCCCCUGUGGGUGGAAGGUGCGGGGCAUAAUGACAUAGAGCUUUAUGCACAAUAUCUAGAGAGACUAAAACAGUUCAUAUCUCAUGAACUUCCCAACUCCUGAAGAAGCCUACCUGAUUUUACCUCAGUUACUGUGAACGGAAGAAAUUACCUGGUUUUGCACAUGCUUUAACUGGAUAGCUGUAAUAGCUUUAUACUAUGAAGAAAUACCCUGUCGUUAGGGUGUUCUAAUCAAACAUCUGAUGAAAUUUGUCUUUUGUAUCUGGAAUUUAUUCUACUAAUGCACACAAAUAUGGUCAACUACUGUAAUUCCAACAAUUUUUAGCUUCGUUGCCCUGGAGGAAGUGGGAAUACUAGCUGCUUACGGGGACACUUUUUACCUAGUGCUGUAUUAAUCGAAGAUCAGUUUUCUCUGUCUCACUUCAGAUUGUUUGUAAUUCUGUCCUUACAAAGACUUAUUUCCCCAGUGUUCUCAGCGUGGAGAACACACUGUUAUGAGCUACAGCUUGUUCUGAACAAUCAGUCAUGGGUUCAAUCCAAGGGAGUACUUUCUCUGUAAAGUUUCUAGCUGUGGUAUUUUAACUGGAAAGUUAUUGUGAUGAAGUUCCCCCUCCUCCCUUCUAGUGUUCUUUUGUUAACUUACUGAUCUUCCCAAGUAAAUUAUUUAAAUAUUACUUUUUCCUGAAAAUAAACUACUAUAUGGGGCUAAACUCUGUAAUGACCUCUCCAUUUACCUGUAUAAAUGUAACUGGAAUUACUCUUAAAGGAACUAGGGACAAAAACUGCUUUUGUUUAAAAAUCAAUGUGUAAAUUUACUACUAGAAAACUCAUUUUAAUAUUCAGAUGGUCUGAAUAAUAGCCAUAACAGACAUUUCCUUCUGUAAAGCAUUCCUGUAGACUUUUUAAAAGUACUGUACAUAUUUGAAUUUACAUUGUGCAUAGAUUCUUAAUUGGUAGUUUUAAUUUAAGUCUAGUUACAAUAAACUGCAAAAUUCUGGUUUGUAUAUGAUUGAAUACAUUUUGUUAAAAUAUGUUUUUAUCCCUAUAUUAUUUUGCUAUUAAAGUUUUAUAAAGUUUCCAGGACAAAAAAAAAUAAUAAAAAUUUACACAUUUAUGUUUUGAUGAAUUUAUGUAACUAAAUUUUCAUUGAGCUGAUCUUUUUAGUUUGGAAGUAAUUUGAUUCUUUGACACUGGAAUCGCACAGAUUAUGCAUCAGAAAUGCAAGACACUUAAAAAUUGUUACACUACUAGCAUAGGUCUAAUUUUUCCAAAUUUAAAGGCCUUAAAUGUACUGUAAGCCUCAGAUUGUUGUAUAAAUUGAUCGCGAUUGAUUGCAGUUUGUGUCCUGUUGCUAGAAUGCAGCACAGUGAUUGUAAUGGAAUAAAGGAUGCAUGGAUUAGA